UCUCCAUCCAUUCACAUGAUGUUCAAAUCGAACCUUCCCAGUUCCAACCUGUUUUCAGCAAUGGCGGCGUAUCCUGAUAAAUUAAAAAUUUAAAACCCUAAACCCAACCUCUCUCUUCCAAUUCAAAUCCCAAUGGCAACUUCCCUCGCUCUCAGAUUCAGAUCCAAUCUCCUCCGCACCGCCACCCACUUCCACUCUUCUCUCCGCGCACCCCCCUUCAAACCCUCCCCUUCACUCUUCUCUUCUUUCUGCACCCCCACUUCCACUUCCAUCAACCCCCCCUCCUUCUCCCUCCACCGCUUCCUCUCAACCUCCCGCCGCCAACCCCUCACCCGCCCCAAAAAAAACAUCGACAUCGCCGAACGCGCUCGUCAGCUCCAAGCCCGCCGUCUCUGGACAUACGGCUUAGCCUUCGCCACCUUCGCCGGUUUCAUUGUCGUUGUUCUCAACAACUUCCAAGAUCAAUUAGUCUUCUACGUUACACCAACAGAAGUAAUAGAAAAAUUCAAAGCCAAUCCUACAAAAUCAAAAUUCCGAUUAGGAGGUUUAGUUCUUGAAGGAAGUAUUGUAUAUCCCGCGAAUUCACCGGAUACAGAAUUCGUUGUAACCGAUUUGAUUACCGAUAUUGUUGUUCGGUAUGACGGCUCUUUGCCUGAUUUGUUUAGGGAAGGACAUUCUGUUGUUGCUGAAGGGUUUGUGAAACCGUUUACCGAUGAGAUUAAGAAGGAAAGUUCAGUGAAGAAUGUUGCCGCGAAGGCGAGGAGUGGCGAUUAUUAUUUUUCGGCUACUGAGGUUCUUGCUAAGCAUGAUGAGAAGUAUAUGCCGAAAGAAGUUGCUGCUGCUAUUGAGAAGAAUAAGAAGAUUCUUGACGAAGCUAAGGGUGUGCCGGAGGAGAAACCUGAUGAGAAACCCAACAACACUGCGUAGUUUUACGGUGAUUAAAUGAAUGAAUUGUUAGUGAAUUGCAUUAUAUUCAGAAAGGAAAUAUGUUUGUGUUGGAAUUUAGGUUUAAACUUGUGUUAUGUAGCUUGCCCGGUUAAAACUGAUAAUUAGUUUGAAGUUUGAACUCUCAAGUAUAGCUUUUUUACAUUGUUGUCUCAGAAGUUUAUCUCAUUCUGCACAUACAAUUCGAGUUUGUGUCUUGAGCAACUUUUGAAUCUUUGAUUGCAUAAUGUUAAUUAUUUGCAAUCUCUAAACAUAGUUUGAGACUUGAGUUAUGACAAAGUUUAUGUAUCAGAAAGAUCCUUAGUCCAGUUUUGUGGCUCUUAGAAUGUAA